AUGCAGACUUGUGGUCUAAGAGUUAACCCUCAAUCUCCUGAAUGGUAUAAAAGUCUGACCAAAGUUUUGAAGAAACUCAAAGGAGCAACUUACACCAUAGAUGCAGAACAAGGUAUGGCUCUUGUUUCUGGUCGAGCAAACUCAAACUCAAUUCUGAAGAAGCUGAAGAAAUCCGGUAUGGAUGUUGCCUGGAUCAAGACCGGAAAGCCAAGUACUUACGGCAGCAGUGGAUGCUAUGAAAGUCAUCCAUAUCUUCAUCACCCUUAUCAGUAUGAUCAGCAGCCUAGUUACCAUUACAGCAGCUAUUAUGAACCCUAUGGUCCUGAUCCACCACAUUUUGAACCUCAUAGCUAUUGGUCCACUCGCUACUAUUAG